UGUUAAGUAAGUUGACAACUUAAUGCUGGACACUGGGAGGGAGAAACUACUCAUCUCUGUCCAACCCAGAGCUCAACCUUGAGAGGCAGAGGCUGGUAGAACCAUUCUUUAGACAAACAGCCACUGCCAAGUCAUGAUGAAUUGUUUAGUUCUUGCCAGGCUCUAGUAGAAUCUUGAAGCCCUGCCCACCCCCCCUCCAGCUAUAGACGUCUAGCUUCUCUUGAAACCACCAUUAUUUUUUUCUGAUCCUGAUAUUAUUUUAACUAUAAGUAGUAAAAGAUAUCAGAGAUUUAACUAUGAUCAGAAAUCCAGAUUUUACUAAUUUUGUUUGCUGUGCUGUUUGCAAUAAAAUAAUUCCGCCAGCCCCUUUCGGGGAGACCUUCAAACGGAUCCAUGAGUACAAGCCAUUUAAGACACGCUUCUACACUCACAAAGAUAUCCUGGAAAUUGGGGACAGUAUUCUGAACCAAGAAGAGCAGUUUCAAGAGGCUGCGCUCAAGGAAACCAUUAAAAAAGCGGAAGCCAAAGUGUGGGAAGAGGCUGAAACGCUCCAAAAACAAGCAGUGGAUCAAGCACUUGAAGAUGCAGAUGCCAGACACAAAUUUGAAAUUCGGGUUCUGGAAGAACAACAUCAAAAAGACUUAAAGGCUCUAGAAGCUAAAACCAAGGUGGAGAUGAUUCAACAGAUGGAUGAUGAGCUGAAGAGAGAGCACACAGCUGCAGAACAGCGCAUGGUCCAUCGGAUCCAGAGGAUCAUGAUGGAGUGUCACCGGGAGAAGAUGGAGGCUGUGCAGAAAGCCAGGGAAGAGGAGAGAGAGAUUGCGCAGAAAGUUAUCGAGGACCAGAGAAGCAUGGUCCUGGAUGAACUUGUGACUAGAGGUAUAACAGCUAUUAAAGACCAGAAGGCCAGCUUGGGUCAGUUGAUCAAAGCAAAGGAGCAUGAAAUGAAUGUCUACUACGGCAUUGCUCAAAGGCAGAAGCAAGAAGAAGCGCAAGAAGUGCUUCAAGAGAAAGAAAAAACACACCAGGCCACCCUUGACAAUGUGAUGGGCAAACUGGUCAAUACCCAGGGGGAGCUGCUGUCGGUGGCAAAGAAACUGGGAAUCAUGACAAACUGGAAAGAUUUUCUGGAGGAGGAAUUACAGGAAACCAGGGCCGCAUUUCAGAAGUAUAUCAAUUACACCUUUCCCAAGCUCACCCCGGGACAUGCCGACUUCAUUCUGCCAGAAAGAAAGAAAACGCCUCCCAGGCUUGCUAAGGAAACUGAUAAGAGUACUGAUUAGAGGUCAUUGGCCAAAAGGCCACUAGAAAAGACAUCAUUCCGAAACUAAAUAAAGUACUCAAAACCGACUGUCA